AAAUAAGAUAUGGAAUCAUCUGUUCCGAUCUGGCAACACCACAAAGACAUUCUCACUCAAGCCGGCCUCGACUUCGAUGACAUUGAGAAGACCAGAAAACACAUUCACCAAAAUGCGGAAUGAGGCUUCAAGGAAUUCAAGACUCGAAAGACUAUCUUAGGAUAUUUUACAGAUGUGGAUAAAGAUAAUAAUAUCAGAGAAUACGCUACCACUGGGUUUACCAUUGACAUCAAAGGUACUGCUCCUCCCACUGACGAUGGUGAGUGCAAUGUUAUUGCUCUAAGAGCUGACAUGGAUGCAUUGCCUAUCAAAGAAGAAACUGGAGUUGAUUAUGCCUCUGUCACCGAGUAUUCCCACAUGUGUGGCCAUGAUGGGCAUGUGGCAAUUUUGAUAGCAACUGGAGUGUUUCUGAAAAAUCACAGAGACAAGAUUCCAUCGAACAAGACUAUCAGGCUAUUGUUUCAGCCUGCUGAGGAGUUAGUAGGAGGUGCUGAGACUAUGGUAAAAGAAGGAUGACUGGAAGGAGUUGACGAAAUCUAUGGAUAUCACAAUUCACCAUUGGGGCAAGAAGGAACAAUCUCUAUCAUGCCUGGCCCUAUGAUGGCUGGUAAUGAGAAAGUGUAUAUUGAUAUCGAAGGCGUUGGAGGUCAUGGAUCCGAACCCGCUAAUGCUACAGAUCCCAUCACUGCAGCUUGUCACCUCCACAGUGCAUUCCACACUAUCAAAUCCAGAAACACCUUCAACACUGAUGUGGUCGUAUUCACGAUUUGCGAGCUUAAUUCAGGGACAACUUUCAAUGUGAUCCCGAGGACAGCCAAAAUGUCAGGAACCAUUAGAUAUUAUGAUGAAAAAGUCAAAGAUCUCUGUGUUAAGAGAAUCGAAGAGCUAACAAAAGAAAUUUGAGAAGGAUUCAAUUGCACCCCUAAGAUAUUUAUUGGUGAUAGCUGCCCAGCUGUUGUCAACUAUGAGAAACAAACAGAAAUAGUGAUGGAAAUAGCCAAAGAAGAAUUGGGAGAAGAUGCCAUCAACACUACCAAAGGAAUUCCUAAAUUGGGGAGCGAGGACUUCUCUUGUUUCCUUCAAAAGGUUCCUGGCUGCUUCAUUUUGCUAAAUAAUGUAAAGCCAGGAGAGACUCCUAUCACUAUGCACUCUUCCAAAGUUGACUACAACGACAACAUCACUGGGACAGGAGUCUAUCUCUAUGUGAGAAUUCUUGAACAGAGGCUAGGCAUAUCGCUCCUUGGGUCUCUAGAUUCUGAAUCAUAACUGGAAAGGAUUCAAUUACUAAA